UCCUUUAACAACAGUUUGAUCAGCUGAAGGACUACAGACAGCGCCGCGAGGCACAACAGAAGCAGCGUGAAAUGGAGGAACGAGAAAUCCUGGCAGAAAUGGAUGAGAAUGAGAAGAGGUUACUGAAUGAUAAUCUGGUGUCUCACACUCAGCUCACACUUAACCAGGAUGACUGUACCCCCAGAGAGCAGUGGAUGCAGGAGCACAAGACUCAGUUGCUGAACCUCGCACAGAACCAUGAGGAUCAUGUUAAAGGUAUACUGCAGCACAACCUGCAACUGGAGGAGCAGAGAGCAGAGAUUGUGAGAAGGCUAAAUGAAUUGUCGGAAAAAAGCAAGAACUUUUCUCAGGUGGAGAAAAUGUUGGCGGAGCUGAAGGCACAGGAAUACAAGAACGAGUUGCUCCUGGAGACGAUGAGGCAACAGCUGGAGAUGCUGCAGCUGGAUACGAUACAAAAUAAAGCCCGAAGCAGGCAGAGCAGUUUGCCCUCACGCAACUCAAAGAAAAAGGAGGCACUUCAUCAGCCGCAGACCUUUGUGCCUUUCUAUGGUGGAGGAAGUCUCCCAUCUGAAAUCAGUGCCUUGCGGCUUUCCUACCUGCAGAAUGGAGGCAAUGACCAGCUGAUCCUGGUGCAGUUGCAUGAUCUCUUGGCGGAAGCACUACAAGUGGAGCGGAGGGAGAAGCUCCCGCGGACUCAUCGCAAGGAGCGAGCCCACAGAGGGCACGAUACGCUGAGACGCAAUUUAGACUCCGAGCUGAUUACUGCGGAGAUAGAAAAUCAACGUCUGGAGGAAGAAAUUCUGAAGCUGAGGGUGAAACGACAAAGAAACCACAGGCCACAAAAACCCCUGAAGACGUCCACUGGACAUAGACUGAUACUAACAGGAGGUGGAAAGGAUCAGGCACCGAUCUCAUGGAAAGAUGACAACCAGAAGAUGAGGGCCCUGAAGACUGAAAUUGACCUUUUGAAGCAGGACAUGGAGAUUCAACGUCUUCAACGUCACCUGAGGAGCUCAAAGACUCAAGUUCUUGCAGCUGCCCCUGUUCCAACCCCUCCCCUCAUGCCAGCGGAUGAUGUCAGGCCACAGACUCCAGUUCUAGCCAAGCAGUUUCUGGAUUCCAAUGAGGGCUUUGGACCUGCCCCGUAUGACCCAGCAGCUGGUUUUGUGGUGUUCUACGACUUCCUCCUGGGCCUGGAUCCUCUGUACCGGGUGUGCCGCCUGGUGGUGGGACUGUACCAUGGCAGACAGGAAAUGGGAGACCCUUCCCCACUUCCAGCCACCUACUGCGAUGUCAGCAACUCACCGGCCUACUUCACGGACACUAACCUGAGCCACGGAGCCAUCUUGGCGGUCAAGCAAGUCGUCCCCAGAGUGCGUCCGUCCCCAGCUAUCAGCCUGGUCAUGGAACUGCAGGCUUCCGGUGGCUCCGACCCCUACGGACAGGGCAUCAACCGUCUUGUCUCACGAGGCUGGAUCAAGGCAGAUAUUUUUGACAGUCAGAACUGUGUGAUCAGUGGCCGAUGGAAAGCUCCAGUCCGUGUCCUUCCAGUCAUCCCAUCCAUGACCACGGGCGAACUGAACGGAGUGCCUCAGCUGGGAAAUGCAGAAUUGUAUUUUCGUCUGGUCAAUGCAAGAGACGUCAGCGCCCAGACCAUGGCUGAUAUCGAUCCCAAUCACGCCAGGCUGUAUAAAUACCCACCGCUGGCUGCAGUACGCGUUAACAUCCCCAGCGACGCUCCACUGUCCUUCUAUCCAUCUGACCAUUACACAGCAAUGCAGCUGGUCUACCCUGCUUUCGGCGAGAGUGUGGACCCACCACCUCCCUCCGCUGAGACCGUGGUCCUGCACUAUUCUGCCUCAGCUAGAACUCAAUGAGGACAGCCGAUCGAUGGAAGAAGCAACAUUCAGAUAUCCACAGCAAUAUACCAAUGAUUUUAGUUUUUAGUUUAGCUUAACUUAUUAUUGUCAUGUGUGCCGAGGUAUAGUGAAAAGCUUUUUUUUUGGUCGCGUGCUGUCCAGUCAGUGGUAAAACUACACAUGAUUACAAUCAAA